AGGUGGGUGAGGGAACGGGGGCGCCCCCGUGCGGAGCUGUCGGACUUCCGGGGCUCGCUCGGCCGAGCCAUGCUCAAGCCCAAAGACCUGUGCCCCCGAGCGGGGACGCGCACCUUCCUGGAGGCCAUGCAGGCGGGCAAAGUGCACUUGGCCCGCUUCGUGCUGGACGCGCUGGACCGCAGCAUCAUCGACUGCCGAGCCGAGCAGGGCCGCACGCCGCUCAUGGUGGCCGUGGGGCUGCCGGACCCCGCGAUGCGCUCCCGCUUCGUGCGGCUGCUGCUGGAGCAGGGCGCGGCCGUGAACCUGCGCGACGAGCGCGGCCGCACGGCCCUCAGCCUGGCCUGCGAGCGGGGCCACCUGGACGCCGUGCAGCUGCUCGUGCAGUUCAGCGGCGACCCGGAGGCCACGGACUCGGCCGGCAACAGCCCGGUCAUGUGGGCGGCGGCGUGCGGCCACGGGGCGGUGCUGGAGUUCCUGGUGCGCUCCUUCCGCCGCCUGGGCCUGCGCCUCGACCGCACCAACCGCGCGGGCCUCACCGCGCUGCAGCUGGCCGCCUCCCGCGGCCACGGGACCUGUGUGCAGGCCCUCACGGGGCCUUGGGGUCGGGCGGCCGCGGCCGCGGCGGCCCGGGGUUCCAACUCCGACAGCCCCCCCGGCCGCCCGGCCCCGGCGCCCAGCCCGGAGCGUCGACGACCCAGCCCCCGCCGUCUACCGCGGCCUCUUUUGGCACGGUUUGCUCGAGCUGCCGGCGGCCACGGCCACGGUCACGGCCACGGCCACGGCCACGGGGGUGAGCUCGCCCCUGCUGGCAAGGGCUCGGGCCGUCACAGGGCGCAAGGCGGUGAGAGGCCGGAGCUGGGCCGGAGCAUGAGCCUAGCGCUGGGUACCAUGACGGAGGAGGAGACAGCGCGCCUUCGGGCGGGGGCUCUGAUGGCCCGGUCAAACUCACCCCAGUCUUCCGGGGGUGGGCGGUGGCGCUCACACGAGGUGCUGGAGGGAGCGCCGCCAACCCUAGCGCAAGCCCCUAUCGGCCUCAGUCCCCACCCCGAGGGUGGCCCCGGCUCCGGCCGCCUGGGCUUACGCCGACGUUCUACAGCCCCAGACAUCCCCAGCCUGGUCGGGGAGGCCUCGGGGCCCGAGAGUGGCCCAGAAUUGGAGAACGACGCUCUGCCUUUCUCGGCGCCCGGGCCAAAGGCCUGGCAGGCGGGCACAGAGGCUGUGGUGCUGCAGGCUCAGCGGUGAGGGCCACGGAGGUCGAGCCCUGCGGAGCCCACUCUGUCUGUGGUCACUGAGCUGUCUCCCUUUCCUCAGUCUAUCACUGCGAUUUGCUGCCGCUCCCCCCCCCCCUUGUCCCCGCUGCUAAAGGGAGACCUCCAUCCAGAUGUAAGAAACGGACCCCAUCUUUGUGUGUGUGUGUGUGUGUGUGUGUGUGCGCGCGCGCGCGCUCUUUGGUAUUUCCCGUGUAGAUAGCUCACCUUCCUUCAACCUGACUUUCUUGUCCUGGGGGGAGGGGGAGGUUAGAGGUGGGAAAGGCUACUUCUGUAGGCUUCCGCUUUCUAGCUAGGAACGUGAACCCCUCAGCCCCAGCCCCAGCCCUGAGGCUCAGCUGCCUAGGUUCUGCUUCCGUUCCCGCAGGACCCCCUGCCUAUUUCUAACUUCCCAUUCGCCUCGGCGGCCAGGUAACAGCAGAGCUGGCUUUAAAGAACGAAGGCCCAGGCCGCGCAUACUGAUGCUGACCAUAGUAGUUUUGACAGAACACCAAAGUGUCCCUUCCUGUAAGUGCUGGAGAACGGGAGGAACGAGGCGGCCCCGUGAGCUUUUUGGACAAGGGGGCUGACUAUGAAGGAAUCUAGUGGUUAAGGCUUUCUGAGGCGCAAGCAACCUCCUCCUUCAAGACAGUGAGAAUGUUUAGGCGUUGUUUACCGGAUGUUCUCUUCUGGGGGAUAAACUUCUGACUCUGUCUCAGUCAGACCCAGGGGUCAAUUUCAUUGAUAUUGUAGGGUCACUGCCCCCCCCAACCCCUACUGUCUCCUAGGCCAGCUUGACCCCAGCAUGAUUGCAUUUGAAUUUCCUCUGUGAGGUUCAAUGCUUCACUCAUCCUGGCCCAGCCUUAUAUUUCCGCUCAGUCCCAGAGGCCUGAAAUGGAAAGGACAUAGCGCUCCACCUCCUCCUUCCAGCUCCCCCAUUCUGCACGUGGGUGCUCCGGGAGGGUGGAACAGUUAGGAAGGGUUUGCUUAAUUGUAUUUCUUCCAACUCUCAAAAGAACUCGUGUUUUGAGCCUUUUGUGUUUGAGGCAGAAAGCAGCAGGUCUGAUCCGAGGCUUAAGAACCUGACAAUGUCUCUUUAAAUAGCACCUCCGCGAGGGGGAUAAUUGACUGGAGUGUUUGCAACGUUAAGCGGCGGGGCGCGCGCGGGAGUCGGGAGCCCACACGAACCACAGGUCCCCGGUCUAAAUUACAUCCAGCUCCGGAGAGAGGAGGGGAGGGGGAGGGGCUGCUGAACGUCUCCUGCCUCUUGCUGGGCUGUUAAUGGAGGGCAGGGCAGACGACGGAGGCUAGUUCGAGCCCGAGGCCCCCUGCUUGUGCCCCACCGUGUGGGAUGCAGGCCAGCCCAAGUUCCAGCUUUUAUUACUGGGCAGAUUAGUGAGUCAGAGGCAACUGUGGAGAGGCAGUUAGGCCCCCGCCCCGCCAAGUCUUUUUGUCCUCUCCCUCUCCGCCCCUGCCCUGAGAGGGGGCGAAGAAGGGUUUGACAGGUCGCGCGCUUUAAGACCCAGUGUCAGCGCUGGCUCCUGGUGUGAGAGCUGUACCAGCAGGGCGGGGUUAAAACUCCCGCUGCAAGGCAGCGAGAGCUUUCCGGUACCUCGGGUUUCUGUUUGUGAACCCCGAAGUGUAAGGGUUGUAGCCCCUCACCUGCCUGCGGUGAAGUCUUUUUAAGAUGUCGAUCCGUUCAGUCUUUGGGGAAAGGUUUCUCCCCGAGGGAACUGCCCGGAGGGAGAAUGCUGGUGGUCAGGAACCAGCUUUGCAGGGGUCAGACACCGACCCGGUUCCUGGCCUCGCUAGCGUCCGAGGCCGCGCGCCGGCCCACAAUUUGGACUGUGAUCCUUGCUGCCCCCUGGUGGCACCUCUGCGUUCUCCUCGCUGCGCCUUGGGAGCUCAGACUUGGCAGUUACCGGAGAUCUUCAGAUGUGUAACGUCUCCCUCUGUGUACAUUUUACCCACGAAGCGUGUCCCUCCUGUAGAAUAUUAAAUCCGGAUACUUGACGUCGCUUCACUUCAAUGAAGUGAGGAACAAGGAAAGCCGGGUGUAGUGAAACGUGCCCGGAGCCCCACUAAGGACCCCUUUAGCAAGAACCCCAAGCCAUUUUGCAAGCUAAGGCUGCUGCUGUUGGAAGAUCUCCUGCCAUCUUUAGAUAGGACACCUGGAGCUGCCAACCCCUGUGGCUUCCAGACCUUGACCCGACCGUGUGUGUUGUCUUCUUAAGAUGAUAGUUGCUUUCCAUUCUGUGGUGAUCUCUGCUACCCCACACAGACACACAGACACCCCUAGCCCCAGCCCCGCCCCUCCCACACAAGCACACACACCUGCCUUUCUUCCGCCCC